AACUGGGUUUAGAAGAAUAUGAAGAUAAUGAAUUGGUUCUUAAUACCGUGUAUGAUUUAAUGCAAUUUUUUAAUAAUUCGAAUUGUAAAUGUCGUCCAAAACCUAAAUCAAAAGAUUUAAGAACAUGUUAUGAAAAAGUAGGAUUUAAAAAAUUUUUUGAAAGACAUUUACAAAUACGAGCUUUAGAAAAAUCUGAGCUUGAAUUAUUCCUAAAAGCACAAUUGAUGGCUUUUGAAAUAACAAAUCUUAAAUUAGAAAAAACUCAACAAAAAUAUAAUUUUAGAUAUGCUUAUAAUUCAUCUUAUCCGCUUUGUAAGCCCGCAUUUCUAAAACUUUGUGGAAUAAAUAAAUAUUUUCUUUCAAUAUUACAAGAUCAUUUACAUAGUGAAGGAUUAGUAGAACGAAUUUAUGAUAAUACUGGGCACGCAGCUAUAAGAGAAAGUAAAGUAUUUCUUGAUUCAAGCAUUACUUUUCCUGUUAAAAACUUUUUAGACCAAUAUGCGAUUAUUCAUGGGCUUCCAUCUUCAAUGUGUCAUAAAAAUGAAUCAGAACUUUUUAUUUAUUUACCAACAGGCAAAACAUAUACUUCUGUUUAUAACGAAUUUAAAGAACAUUUUUAUAAUGAACAUAAUGAUACUGAAAAUAUUAUAUCAUAUUUUACAUUUAGAAGGCUUUGGCAUAAGAUGAUGCCACAUCUUAAGUUUCAACCACCCGCAAGUGAUUUAUGCGAAGUUUGUGAAACUUUUAAAGCCAGAUUAAUUAUUGCAAAAUCUAAUAUAGACAAAUAUGAACAAAUUGAAAAUCAAUAUGAUCAACAUCGUAAAGCAGCUGAAAAAGAAAGACAACAUUAUAAUAAUAAUAUAGAUGAAAAUAUUGGAAAGGUAUAUGUGUCAAAGGAAUCAGGUGGAAUAGAAAUAGAUUUUCAAUUGCUAAAUAAUAAAACAUUUGAUAUAAAUACCCCAUUAGAAACUAUACGUACAAAACAAUUAACUGAUGAAAGAAAAUGCUACUUAUAUACAAAGAUUAGACAAUAUGUAGAGGAUCCGUACAAAGACUUAUAUUGUAUGAAGCCAG